AUGGCUCUGGAAAAUGUCUCUUGGGUAACUGAAUUAAUUCUCUUGGGGCUAACAGGACAGCUCAACUUCCAAAUACCCCUGUUCCUACUCUUUCUAGUAAUGUACAUGAUAACAGUUUUGGGGACCUUGGCUCUAAUAAUUCUCAUUGUGCUGAACUCUCACCUUAACACCCCUACGUAUUUUUUCCUUUGUAACUUAUCCUUUGUAGAUAUUUGUUACUCUUAUGCAAUUAAGCAAACAAUGCUAAUGGGCUUCGUACUAGAAAAUUUUAUCUCCUAUGUAGGAUGUAUGACCCAGUUCUACUUAUUUUGUUUCUGUGUCAUUUCUGAGUGUUAUGUCCUAACAUCAAUGGCCUAUGAUCGUUAUGUGGCCAUCUGUAAUCCACUGUUGUAUAAUAUUGCCAUGUCUCCCAAGGUGUGUUCCUAUCUUAUGCUUAUUUCAUACUUCAUGGGGUUUUCUGGUGCCAUGAUCCACACUGGUUGUGUCCUCAGGCUGACCUUCUGUGAUGGGAACACCAUCAACCACUAUUUCUGUGAUGUCCUCCCUUUGCUGCAGCUCUCCUGCACUAACACCUAUGUUAACAAGAUAGAGAUAUUUAUUGUAGCAGGAAAAGACAUCAUUGUACCCACUGUCAUCAUCUUUAUCUCUUAUGGCUUGAUCCUUUCCAGCAUAUUGCAAAUGAGGUCCAAUGAGGGCAGGUCAAAAGCCUUCAGCACCUGCAGUUCCCACAUAAUUGCUGUUUCUUUGUUCUUUGGAUCUGGAGCAUUUAUGUAUCUCAAGCCCAACUCAGGUGGACCAACAAAUAAUGGAAAAAUAUCUUCAAUUAUUUAUACGACUGUAAUUCCCAUGAUGAAUCCACUAAUCUAUAGCUUGAGGAACAAAGAUGUUAAAACUGCAUUAAGAAACACUCUGAGCAAGAAAGGGUUUUAA